AUGAAGCAUAAAUAAAAUCUUAGAGAUUAAUAGCAAAGUUAAGCAGUUUAAAAAUAAAAAGAAGAUGAUGCUUAUAAAAUUGAACUUGAUAAAUUAAUCUCCUUGAAACAAGACAUCAUUUCCUCAGUAAAUGAUAUCAAGCAGGAUAUUAGAAAGUAUGAAUCAGAGUUUAAAGGCCAAUUUGAGAAUUUAUCCAAGAUUACUCUUCAAUAAAGAGUAGAAAAGAAAAAGUUAUAAAGAAAGCUAAAUAAUAUAUCACAGGAAUACGAUGGUAUUAAAAGUAAGAACUUGGACAUGUAGAUAAAAUUAGCUACAAUACAUAGAAAGUUAUAGCAAUAAGAGAAUUAGAUAUAUAAGAAUGCUAGUCCAACUAAAGAUGAGUAAGUUUAGAGUGAGUUUGGAAACGAUAAUGCUAGUACUUAAGGACGAAAUUUUGAAAAUAUAGAGUAUUUUAGCUCAAGUAAAUUAGAACCAUAUGAUAGAGAAUAUAAUGCUAAUCAUAGCUUUAAGGCUCCAUCCUCAUUUAUCUAAGUUUCAGAUCAAUAUUAGAACAUAGAAAGGAAUUCAAGCACAUUUAGUUAAUACUAUGAUAACUCUCUUUCAAAAAAUAUAAGUUAAAAUCUUGAUGAAAGAGAUAGGUACUAUAAGGAGUAGCUUUAGAAAGCAAAGCUUUUUAAAUCACCUUAAAUAAGACUUAAAGCUAAUAAGUUAAUAGAUGAUGCAAGCUUAAUAAGUUAAAGCACCGAAUUGUCUUAAUCAUUAAAUUAGAGAUUUUAGAGUGCUAUUGGUAAAAAUAGGAAUUAGAUUUCUUAUAGUGAUUUACAGAAAUAGCUUUCAGGGGAUUAUUACAGAUAACACUAUUACUGA